AUGACUGACGGGAUGUGGCGUGGCCACCUGGCUUCCUGGAAACACCACGCCACAGCCAUAACAAAGGGGCUGACUCAGAGGCCUUGUGGUGGAAUCUUCCAAGACAUUGUGGUGAAUACCAGGAAGGACAUGAAGCAUGUUAAAGAUUCAAAGACAGGGACGGGAGGCGAAGUGAUUAAACUACAGACAAACCAUUACCAAGUAACCUGUGGCCAUGAAAUCGCAUAUAAGUACAAUAUUGAUUACCAACCUGACAUAAAGGAUAUGACUAUCCGCACAGAUUUACUGCUCAGACAUAAGUCUAUACUUGGCAACUGCCACAUAUUCGAUGGAAACUCAUUGCUCUUACCUCGGAGGCUACAACAUUCGGAAAUGGAACUUGUCAGCCAGACUAAAAGUGAUGGCAAAGUGAGAAUCAGGAUCCGGCUGUCCAGUGAGCUCCACCCCAAUCACCCAGAAUGGCUUCGCUAUUACAACAUCCUCUUUUCAAAACUGCUGAAGCUGAAUAACCUGGAAGAGAUGGAGUCAAAUCCCGGAGACCUCAGAGACCUCAGAAACCUGCUCCAGGCCUCAAGAAUGGACAUCAAGCGUAGCUACACUACUUCCAUCCUACCGUAUGAGAAGAGCCUGACCCUGUGUGCUGACGUGACGCACAGGCUGCUCCAGAAGAAAACUGUGUUGGACCUCAUUCGUGAGAAGAAUGAUAAAGCCACGAAAAAGGAAGAAGUCUUUGAAGAGGUGGUGGGAUCCAUUGUUUACACCACGUACAACAAUAAAACCUACAGAAUCGAUGAUGUCAACUGGGAGAAGAAACCUCAAGAUACAUUUGAAAAAUUUGAUGGCAGCCAGACCACCUACAUAGACUACUACAGGGAGCGAUACAAGACCAUCAUAACUCAGCCGGAUCAGCCACUCUUGAUGAGCUUGGGCAAGUGGAAGAAGGGCCAGAUGUCUACACCUCAUGAGCCUAUCUUCCUGGUCCCUCAGCUGUGUUACCUGACAGGUCUAGCACGUGCUGUAUCUGAAAACCAUAGCCUAAUGGCGCAGCUGACUGACAGAAUGAGAAUGAGCCCAGUGAAUCGGAGGAUCACACUGAACAAUUUCAUGAAGGACAUUCAGACAAAUCAGAACAUAAAAAAUGAGUUCCUGCAGUGGAAGGUGACGUUUGAUGGCAACAGUCUGUCUGUGCCAGGAAGAGUUCUGAGCUCAGUAAAGCUUUUCCAAGGUGCCCGAUCGUACACAGUCAAACCACACCUACAGAACUGGCUAAGGAACUCGAAGAACAUAGCCUUACAUAGAGCAAAGUCCUUAGAUCGCUGGGUGGUCCUGCACACCAGGAGCUGCUCCUCCCAGGUCAACCGGCUAGUGAGCACGCUCGACAAGGUCACUGAAGAAAUGAAUAUAAAAAUGUCCCGGGCAGCAAGGAUGGUGGUGUGUGUGCUGCCUGACAACGGAAAGCAAAGAUACGAGGAGAUAAAAACAUUUCUGUGCGUUGAGAAGCCAGUCCCCAGCCAGUGUGUUGUAGCAUCGACCCUGAAUAAUGAAAGGAAUCUCACUACUAUAGUCACCAAGAUCGCUCAGCAGAUGAACUGCAAGAUGGGAGGUGCCCUCUGGAAGGUGGACACAGGGGUAUGUAGAACGAUGUUCAUUGGAAUUGAUUGUUUCCAUGACAUUGUGAGCCGGCAGAAGUCGGUUGCAGCACUCGUGGCCAGCACCACGGAAGACUUAACCACGUGGCACUCCCAGUGUCUCUUUCAGGAUACAGCAGAGGAGAUUGUCAAUGACCUGCAGAGCUGUCUGCAAGCUGCCCUGAAUUCCUGGGUUGCAAACGAAAAGCAGAAACCCCAGAGCGUGGUGGUAUAUCGGGAUGGAGUAGGGGAUGGCCAGCUACAGGCCCUGCUGGAAAAGGAGGUUCGGCAGUUCCAGAAGUUCUUCACCUCUAGCAUCAAGCUAACAUUCAUCGUGGUGAAGAAACGGAUCAACACCAGGUUUUUUGUUGAAAAUGGAGAUAAAGUUACAAAUCCGCCUUCAGGGACUGUUGUUGACCAAGUAGUGACCAGGAAAGAGUGGUAUGACUUCUAUAUUGUGAGUCAGACUUCCAACAGUGGCACCGUCACCCCCACUCAUUAUAAUGUCAUCUAUGACACGAACGGCCUGACUCCCAACCAGGUUCAAUGCUUGACCUACAGACUCUGCCACAUGUACUACAAUCUGCCGGGUAUCAUCCGAGUCCCUGCUCCAUGCCACUACGCACACAAGCUGGCUUACUUCGUGGGGAAGAGCAUCCACCAGAAGCCAGCAUCAUCGCUGUCAGACUGUCUCUAUUACCUUUAG